AUGGCGCAUCGAUUUAUUGUUGACUCCAGCCCGCCUGGUAGUCCAGCGCCAGCAACCCCAGAUAAGGGUGGGCGUGGUCAUGGUUUCUCUUUUCUCGCCGAAAAUCCUUCAACAACACCAGCUGGGCCACCGCCGCCGUCUUCAGCCGCCUCCUUCACACCUGCUGGCGCACCCUCUGUUUCGUACAUGGGAAGCUCCUUGCUGCAUGGAAUGACCGACACCAAGCCCCUCAGCUUUGGAGUAUCCAACAAUGCCAAUUUGGGAAAGAACCCUUUCGGCAACACAAAUGCCCCGAACAACCCGCUCGGUCGGUCGAUAAGAGGAAGACAGCCUUCAGGAUUGAGUAGACAGUUUAGCGCCGCCGAUGAAGAAGAGGAGGAGGACGAUGACCAAGACCAGAUGGAACUUCCACCUCCUAGAGGUAGCCUUUUUCGCAUGUCAGCUAUCCCCGAUGAGCGCGACGAAGAUGACGAAGUUGAUGCCGAGAUCGAACGAUACAUCGACCAAGACAUUGGUCGCCACGUUCGAGAGGAGGAAGAAGAGUACGAGGAAGAUGAGCAUGUUUUUGACCGCGAAACCUCGGACGAGCCUGAUAUGUUCCUUAACAUGAGACAUGACGAUCGAGCUUAUGGCCAGCCAAUGAUUGGCGACGAGUCCGAUCUCUUGAUGCUCAACACACCAGCAGCGACAAAACGAGUGCGUAGAGAAGCUGAAAGCAUUUUCAGACAAACUUCAGCCCACCUUGGUGUGUCAGGCCGCCAGGAGGGUUUCCAAUUCGCAUCUAUCGCCAAGAACAUGUACAACCAACAAGAGCCUGCAACAAUUGUCGAGCCCGCAGAUAUGAUUAUUGAUACCGAGGAGCUUGUAUGUCGACUUUACGAGGACGGAGUUGGACCGGAAGAAGAUAUUGAAAAGCUGGACAACUCUUUGUCUAACAUCACAUUCCGCCUCACAGAACUAUGGAACAGAACCGUAGAUGGUCUACCACAGCCCGAGGGAGAGGAUUUCGCAUCAGUUGGUCCCGGAAUGAAUGCCGAGGCAUUUGAAAAGGCUGCCUAUGUCGCACAACUAAUACUACGCAUGCAUCACACUCGAUUCGACACCAAUACCGACGAAGAGAAAACACCACCUCUGCCCGAGAUCCUGUUCGACUGGAUGCAAACCAGUCAUAACCUCUACCCUGAUCAAGUGCGCGAGAUCAGCCGCCAUAGCCCUAGCCCUGCGUGCCACACCAUGUUCUGGCAGACCGUUCGAUGCUCUUUGCUUCGUGGAGAUGUCAGCAGUGCAUCCCAUUUGUUGAAGGAGGCUGGUUGGGAGAACGUUCGUCGAGGACCCCGAGGCGACUACGCCUACACUGGCAAGGCUCUUGAGAAUGUGCGACGGUUUGCCGCUGCUGUGUGUGAAGUUCUGGACCAAAGCCCUGCCGCGAGAUCGGAAUGGGAGAUUUGGAACAGCAACUGGACACUUUUCCGAAUCCAAGCUCGCGGCUCUCUCAACCGAAUGGCUUUGUUUGCCGAAGGAAAGGAGCAGGAUGUACAAAAUCUGCUAGACGAUGACUUCGCUCCCCCACAAUCGCUCUCCACAAUGGCCCGAAAAGCGUCGAGCCAGAUUCCUUGGGAUAUCUACGAAAACCUGCAGACAGUAUACGGUAUUAUACUAGGAAACCAUGAAGCGAUUAUGGAAGUAGCCCAGGAUUGGUGCGAAGCAACAGUAGGUCUCUUUGGAUGGUGGGAUGAUGGAAAUCAACGCCACAAGGCGCUCAGACUCUCACAAUCACAAGCCCUACGAGCAUCAUCGCGUUUCGCUGGCUCAGAAGAUUACUUUGAUCGACUAGCGACCGCCUUCCACAUGGCCAUCGAAUCAGACCUCCACCCUAAUGUCAUGAAUCCUGUGGAGGUCGCAGUAGCCUCUGCCUUCGAGGGUAACGUUAAUGCCGUGCUGGGAUUCUUGAGAAUAUGGUCAUUGCCUCUGGCAUGUACUGUUGCAGAGAUCGCAUCCCUUGGCGAGUGGCUACCUGCUCCUGACGCCUACGCCCUCUUGCCCACUGAUAGUCUCGAUAUGGAUGAUCUUGCGCUAUUGGGUGUGAGUCAACCAGGACCUGAUGAAAUGGAAGGCAUCAAAGACACAACCCUUGUCCUGUACGCUAGAGAACUGGCAGGCAUAGAACAACUGUCACCCGAGCGCGAUGGCUGGGAAAUGGCCAUUCAAGUAUUGGGCCGAAUGGAUUCACCCGAGAAGUCUGAGGAGACCGUUGGGGAGCUUCUCCGUGACCUUCUUGCUACUUUAGACGAGAACUCGGGUCGAACUGUGGAUAAGAUUUGGGCGAUACUGAACGAUCUCGGCAUGAUUAACUUCGCCGAAGAGACAGCAGAGACAUUCGCAGAGAUCCUUUCCAAAGAGUCUCAUCGCUACGGCGAGGCCCUUUGGUACUAUGCACUCUCUCACCGACCAGAUAAGGUCCGUGAAGUGCUGAAUCUACUCAUGUCUUACUCCCUUGUCCAAUCUACAAUUUAUCCUGCCGAGAAGGAUCUUGAUCAAGAGCUGAAUGAUUUGCUGCGAAAGCGAACAGAGACGCUUGAGAAGCGAGCCAAACAGGAUCUGGAGGCAGCUCAACUACUUGGUCGUAUGCUAAGUGGUUACGCCACGCUACGCAAAUUUUACGAGCUACGAGAUGCUGAAGAUUUGGAUAACAUGUCCCCCACAAAGGCGCUCAAGUUCAAAAAGCAAGCAGCUUCCGCACUUGUGGCUGUCAUUUCCAGUUCCGAUGACAAUAUCCGUGGCGGGCUAUACGAUGAUACCCGAGAUGCAGUUGUGAGUGAAGAUUUCUUACUGGCCCUACUAGGAGAGGCUACCGUCUUCAUCAACCAGUCGCCGGCUGUCGUCACACUAUCACAAAUCGAUACUCUACUCAAGGCCAUUGAAGACAUACAAACGGUUGGUGGCCGAGUCUACUCAGCAUGCGAUGACUUCUUCAAUCUUGUCUUGGCAUCUGCACAGGGACUGAAGGGUUCUUCACCACAAGAUCUCAUGGCCAAGUCAACAGCUUCUCUGGGCGGGAGCUAUGUGAUGACCGGAAGCUCUGUGUUGGUAAACCACCUUCACAAAUCCAUUUCAGCUGGAGCAAAGGUCAACAGGGGAUGGGACUGGAGGAAGGGCUGGCUCGCUACAAGCAAGGGCGAUGACGUUCUUCGGAAAUUACGAUUGGGACUGGCAAAGGAUUUGGCGGCGCUAUGGCUGGAAGACGCCGACGGAGUCGUUGCGUACUAG